CUUGUGUUCCACCUGUCCUUGGUUCUGUACCAUGCACCUUCUCUUCUUCUUAAAACCCAACUCCAUCAUCCACAUUCCUCUCACCAUUUUCCAGUUUAAUCUUCUGUUUCCAGGAAAGAAACACUUCCAUAUUUGAAUCUCUACACUCUGGUGUGUAUCUCUAAAUAGUUGGUGAUCAUGGCUUCAAGCAGAUCUUAUUACAUAGUGCUCUUAGUUAUAGCGGUUGCUAUUAUGCUGGCCAACCUCUGCAGCGGUUCUGGGGUUGGCCACAUGCCGUCGACGGAGGAGGAAGGCCGAGACUUUGAGGAGUUUAAUGACCAGACAGGGAAGGCGAAGGUGGUGGAGGUGGAGGAGAAAGGUGGUAAAGAAGGUUCAGAGUCAUGGACUGAAUGGGCCAAGGAGAAAAUUGGGUUGAAGCACGAUGAGCAUGACGGGGAUAGUACCAUUAAGAAAGCUUCUGAUGCUGCCAAGAAUACCGAGGACACCUCAUCUGGAACUGGCCAAUACGCAACGGAAAAGGCCAGAGAGGCGGCAGAGAAGGCGAACGAGAUGAAAGAUACGGCUGCAGAGAAAGCUGGUAAGACAGUUGGUGCAGUGAAGGAGAAGGCAGGUGAGACGAUUGAUAUCACAAAUCCAGCGAAAGAGAAAACCUAUGAAACUGCGAAUGCAGCAGAGGAGAUGGCCAGUGAGGUAAAGGGAAAGGCUUAUGAGACCACAAACACAGAGAAAGACAAGACGUACGACACCACAAAAUCUGCUAAAGAAACGGCCUCAAAGACUACAGAGAAAGCUAGUGAGGCUAAGGAAAGAGCAAAGCAGAAGGCAGAGGAGGCCAAAGAGACAGCAAAGCAGAAGCAAGAAGAGGCAGAGGAGCAAUCAAGUUGGGCUGCAGAGAAAGCAAAGGAAGGUCUUGAAGCCGCGAAGAAGAAAGCCGAGGAGACUGUGAAGUCUGCUAAGGACACCCUUUCUGAAGCUACCAGGCAGCAGUCAGAGAAGAUCAAAAAGACAAUGUCUGGUCGAGGACGUGAUGAAGAGCUCUGAUCUGGUCACAUUAUAGCUACUUCACACUUUUGUUUGGAGUCGGAUUCCUUAUCUUACAAGUUGGGUUUUGCUGUAUGGCACCGUAGUAAAUUUGUGUUUGUAUGCUUGAAUUCGAAACAACUUUUUCAAUCAGUGAGACUAUAUUAUUACAACAGUUAUAUGACUUUGCAAAUUGAGCUGUGUUUUUA